CCGAACACUGAAGUAUUGUACUGUCACACACGCCGCGGUUUUGGCAAAGAGGUGCGCGGACAUGUGAGCAUUUCACGGGCUCCUCGUAAACUCGGAAUUUCGACACACAACAUGGUAAAGGCGGCGAGAUGGACAUCGGUGGCUUGGAGACCGUUGUGGCGAACUCUGCCUAUGUGUCUGCCCGUGGCAGCGUGGAUGGGUCUGCAGCGGCCGCCAUGCGCGACAAGAAGAUGCGCGCCCGGCUGAAACUCCCACACAUCAGAGACUGUGAGCACAUGAAGACCACGGUGGACUCGGCCUUUGACAGCAUGUGCGUCAAGCAGCCGAUCGGCAAGCGCCUCUUCCGCCAGUAUCUGGGAAGCGACGCCAACCAUAAAAACGCCGGCGAGCUGUGGAAGGACAUUGGCGACUACAACACAUGUCAAGAGAAGGACAGAGUGCAGAAGGCCCAGAAAAUGGUCAAUAAGUACUAUGAGUCCGCUUCAAAGGAUUUUUGCAAAUUCCUUGACGAGAAAGCCGUCAGUCGAGUGAAAGAAGACUUCAAGAACGUCCGCGGUGAUGUGUUUAAAGAGAGCGAACAGCUGCUGCUCCAACACCUGGAGAAGACAGCCUUGGAAGGCUUCAAGAACAGCAUGUACUUCCUGCGCUACGUUCAGUUCAAAUGGCUGGAGAGCCAGCCUGUGGACGAGGAGUGGUUCAUGGACUUCAGGGUCCUGGGGAAAGGAGGCUUCGGGGAAGUGUUUGCUUGUCAAGCAAAAGCAACGGGCAAAAUGUACGCCAACAAGAAGCUGGACAAGAAGAGGCUGAAGAAACGCAAAGGCUACGAGGGAGCAAUUGUGGAGAAGCGCAUCCUCGCCAAAGUUCACAGUCGCUUCAUCGUGACGCUGGCUUAUGCCUUCCAGACCAAGACCGACCUCUGCCUGGUCAUGACCAUCAUGAAUGGAGGAGACCUCAGGUUUCACCUGUACAAUGUGGAUGAAAAGAAUCCUGGCUUUAGUGAGGUGCGAGCGUGUUUCUAUACAGCUCAGAUUGUGUGCGGCCUGGAGCACCUUCACCAGCACAGGAUCAUCUAUCGAGAUCUGAAGCCCGAGAACGUGCUGCUCGAUGACGCAGGUCACGUCCGUCUGUCUGAUUUGGGUCUGGCUGUCGAACUUCCACCAGGAAAAGACAAAACAAAAGGAUAUGCUGGUACUCCCGGUUUCAUGGCUCCAGAGUUGCUCCAGAAAAAGGAGUAUGACUACUCAGUGGAUUACUUCACUCUGGGAGUCACCCUGUUCGAAAUGGUCGGUGCCAAAGGGCCCUUCAGAGUACGAGGAGAGAAGGUGGAGAACAGCGAAGUGACGCGCAGGAUCUUAAACGACGCGGUGGCUUACACGCCGGCCUUCAGCAACGACUGCAAAGACAUUUGUGAAGGCCUGAUGAUGAAGGAGCCGGAGAAGCGUCUGGGAUUCAAAAAUAACGAGUGCGCAGAGCUCAAGAAUCAGCCCUUCUUCAAAGACAUCAACUGGGGCCGUCUGGAAGCAGGUAUGCUGCCUCCGCCGUUUGUCCCUGAUCCUAAAAUGGUCUACGCCAAAGACAUCGAUGAUGUGGGAGCCUUCAGCACGAUCAAAGGCGUUGUCAUAGACAACACAGACACAGCGUUCUACAAUGACUUUGCAUCCGGCAACGUCCCGAUCCCCUGGCAGGAGGAGAUGGUUGAGACAGGAGUGUUUGGAGAGAUGAACCUCUGGGGAGAAAACGGAAAGCUUCCCAAUGAUCUCGACCCAAACUAUGUGGAAGCCAAAAGUGGAGGAUGUGUUCUGCUCUGA